GAAGACACCACGUGGAUAGAUGAGUUCCUUUCCGCGCCCGCCCGGCGCGACUCCUGGCGUGCGCCUGCCAGCGUACAGGACAACCAGCUUCUGCGAGUGACCAACGAUGACCUCCAGGAAGCUUGCCUCCGUGGUGAUCUCGGCCUGGUGAAGCGGCUCAUCGCCGCCCGCGCCUCCGUGAAUGCCCCGAUGCGGCCCGAGGGCGCGGAUGAGUUUAUGACAUUGCUGCACGUGCUGGCCAGGAAGCCGCACAUGGAGAACUGCAGUAGCAUCAUCGCCGAGAUGGUUCGCAACAAGGCGAACCUCAACGUGAGGAGCUCCUUUGGAACCACGCCGCUGAGCCUCGCCUGCCAUGCCAAGCACACGGAAGCGGUCGAGGUCUUGCUGCGUGCCAAGGCCUCCGCGGAUCCCAUCGACGACUUCGGCAAGAAGGCUCCCCUCUAUGCCAUCCUCCCACCCUGGGAUGAGACACUUGUGGAUAACGCUGACGAGAACCUGACAGUGAAGACCGUGCAGUUGCUUGCCCGGGCUCGCACCAAUCUCGACGAUGGGGGCGAGAACUCGCCCAUCGUAGAGUCGGU